AUGUCAGCCCCAGCACCCUGGACGGAGCACCGCACGCCGGAAGGCCGGCCGUACUGGUACCACACCACGGAGCGGCGUUCGGUCUGGGAGAAGCCGUCCGAGCUCAAAACCCCACGGGAGCGGGCGCUCGAGUCGACGCCUUGGAAAGAAUACAAGUCGGGCGAGCGAUCGUACUACGUGCACUCUGUCACGAAGCAGUCCACUUGGACACUCCCUGCUGAGCUCAAGCAGAUUCUCGACACGUACCCCAUCGACGGUGCCGUCUCCGCAGCAGCCUCUCCACGCGUCACAAGCAAUGUUCAAUCCCCCGCGCCGGCGCAGAGCCCGUACCCCACAUCGCCACAUGCAGCAUCGACCUCGUCUCCAAACCCCACUCGAGCAGCUGCACCUCGCACAACAGCGCACACGACCAUGACAGGCACCCCCGAGCUCAACUUCAAAAACGACCACGCCGGCGCCGAGGCAGCGUUCACCAACCUCCUCCGCGAAACGGGCGUCGACGUCGACUGGACCUGGGAAACCACUAUGCGGAGCAUCAUCACCAACCCACUGUACAAGGCGCUCAAGAGCAUCGCGGAGCGCAAAGCUGCGUUUCACAAGUACGUCGACGAGCUGCGACGCGAGCGGGCAGAGGAGUCGAGAAGGAGGGUGGAACAGCUCAAGCCGGGUUUCAAGCAGCUGAUUCUGGGGGAGAGCAGGUUGAAGGCGUAUUCGAGCUUUGAUAGUGCCAAGAAGUUUCUGGGGGGUACGGCGGUGUGGAGACAGGCGAGGGGGGAUGAGGAAGCAAGGGAGGUGUGGGAGACGGUCAUGGCGGAGGUGCGAGAGGCGAACAAGGUGGAGGAGGAGAGAAUCAGGAAGAGAAACAUGGACAUGCUCCUGGCGCUCCUCAAAACAUUUGAAGCCGACGUAUUCACCCGCUGGCGCGACGCACAUCGAACCAUUCUCGAGUCGCAGGAGUACACGGAGGAUCCGCACCUCUCGUCCAUGGAUCUGGGCGACAUGCUACAGGUCUUCGAAGAGCUCAUGAAGACGAUCGAGGCGGACUCUGAUGCUGCCAAGCGUCGUCAACUGGAUGCGAAACGACGCAAAGAGCGACACAACAGGGAUGCGUUCAAGACGCUGCUCCGCACGCUGCAGGGACAGGGGAAGAUCAAACCGCGUUCGACGUGGGGUGAGGUGUUGCCACUCAUCAAGGAUGAUCCUGACUUCCUCCGCGUGGUGGGUCAGCCGGGGAGCACGCCGCUCGAUCUGUUCUUCGACCUCGUCGACGAGCUCGAUCAAGAGUUGGAACGACAGACCGCCGAUGCGCUGCAGCAUAUCUCUGCCUCGGGCCACUCUGUGACACCCACCACCACCGAGGAGGACUUUCUUACCUGGACUACUGGGGUGGAUGUCCCCGCAGACACACUCAAGCAGAUCUACCACGAGCUGGUAUCCUAUCUUGCCGAGGAACAGGAGCGCAAAGCCACCGACGAACGCAGGAAGCUCGAACGCAAGCAUCGACACAGCAUCGAAGAUCUGCGGUAUGCGUUCAAGAAGGUCGAGCCGCCACUGGACCUCGAUGCAUCGUGGGAGGACGUCAAGGGGCGAGUGGAGGGGCUGGCCGAGUUCAAGGAUGCCGAGAAGGAGGACGAGAGGGUGCCCAGGUGGGCAUGGGAUAAGUUUGUAAGAAGGCAGAAGGAGAAGGAGCGCGAGAUGGAGGAGGGCAGGAAGCGCAAGGAGAGGCAGGAGUCGGCUGGUAAGGAGAUCGAGACCAAGGUGAAGAGAGUCAGAAGGGACGACGAGGAGUCGGAGCCCGAGGAGGGGGAGGUGUAA